AACAGCAGCGACUGUCAGGAGAUAGCUGGGUGGCAGGGACAGGGGGGAAAGGGGCUUUUCUCUGUGGCCACCUGGAAAAAGCCAUGUAAGAUCAGUGGCUUGUCAAGACAGACAUCUACAGGAAACAAUUCCAUUUAAAUAACCCAGUCAUCCACGUUUGUAACACAGCAUCAUCCAUCCUGGAGGGAAAUCUGUACACUAGACUGAGUGGAAUCGACGACUAAAGAAGAGGGCAAAAUAUAAAGUUUUCUGCAAAGUGUCAAGUGCGCCCCGGAGCUUCAUGGACACGCGCAGAACCCCCCAAAGUAACUCCAAAAGAAGAAACCCCCACAUGUUGAGCACCAAGGAUAUCUCCAAUCAGCUUUGAUGUCAGGUGAAGGUGAAGUCAGACUGACGGAGGUUUUAUCUUUAGCCAGGUAACGGACUCAACUUAACUUUCUCAUCGGGGCGUUAUAUUGGGCUGAGGGGGAGGCAUGAGCGGCGGGCGCUUCGAGUUCGACGACGGCGGAGCUUACUGCGGAGGCUGGGAGGGAGGCAAAGCCCACGGCCAUGGCAUCUGCACCGGACCCAAAGGCCAGGGCGAGUUCUCCGGCUCCUGGAACUACGGCUUCGAGGUGGUGGGAGUGUACACCUGGCCCAGCGGGAACACCUACGAGGGCUACUGGUCGCAGGGGAAGCGUCACGGCCUGGGAGUAGAAUCCAAAGGACACUGGAUUUACAAAGGGGAAUGGACUCAUGGCUUUAAGGGGAGAUAUGGCAUCCGGAUCAGUGUUGGCAGUGGAGCCAAGUAUGAAGGAACAUGGAAUAACGGGCUUCAGGAUGGAUAUGGAACGGAGACAUACGCUGAUGGAGGUACUUUCCAGGGUCAGUUCACAGGUGGGAUGCGGCACGGCUAUGGGGUCCGGCAGAGCGUCCCUUAUGGCAUGGCAGCAGUCGUUCGCUCCCCUCUUCGUACCUCCCUGACCUCCCUUCGCAGCGAGCACAGCAACGGCACCGUCUUGCAGCAAGAGGUCCCCAUGAUCACCACCACCAACGCCUCAGGUGAGGAGACACCCGUCACCACCCCUACCCAGCUGGGACCGUCCCGCGGAGGCUUCGCCCUCACUCUACAGGUGGACCCAGAGGCUGUGAAGCCCAAAAAGAAAGGCCUGUUUAACAGGAGCUCCCUGCUGGGUAAGCUAAAGAAGUCCGACUCCAGUACCUCGCUGUCCAGCCAGAAGAGCAAGAUCAGCUUCCUGAGGACGGAGUCGGCUCUCAGCUCCAACGCCAGCGACACCAACUCCACCAUCAGCAUCGGGGACGAGAGCCUGGCCGGAGCCGAGGAUUUCCCUCCGGUGGAGGCCGACAUUGACGCCACCACCACAGAGGUCUACAUGGGCGAGUGGAAGAACGACAAGCGCUCCGGAUAUGGAAUAAGCGAGAGGUCCAGCGGGCUGAAGUACGAGGGUGAGUGGCUGAACAACCAGAGACACGGCUACGGCUGCACCACCUUCGCUGAGGGAGGGAAGGAGGAGGGCAAGUACAUGAACAACUUGCUGGUGAAGGCCAUGAAGAAGAGGGUGAUCCAGCUGAAGGGAACCAAGAUCAAGCAGAAGGUGGAGCGGGCGGUGGAGGGCGCUCAGAGGGCUGCAGCCAUCGGCAAGCAGAAGGCAGAGAUCGCUGCUUCCAGGACGACCCAUGCGAAGGCCAAGUCCGAUGGGGCUGAUCAGGCUGCACAGGCCUCCAACAGUGAGUCCAGCAUCGCCAGACUGGUGGCCAAAGAGCUCUCCCCUUCCUUCUACCAGCCAGGUCCCGAGUAUCUGAAGAAGAGAGUGUUACUGGAGGUCGGGGAGGGAAGUGAGCACAUAGAGACUGUCAUGCAUGAGCCGCUGCUGGCCGAGGAGGAGCCCCUGCCCACGCCGCCCGAAAGCCCGCUCAUGAAUGAACUGGACAGCCUCAUGCCCGGCUCGUCCCCAGCCCGCACCCCCUCCCCCAGCCCAGGCAUCAUCAGCAAGGAAGAGCCCAAACUCCUCAGUCCGGGAAGCUGGAAUGAAGACAAAAGCAUUAAAGGCGGGGGCAGUAAGGGUAGCAGUAAAUCCAACAGCAGGCCCAACAGUCGCCCCACUACCCCGUCAACCUCCGCUCCUGCUCCUGCUCCUGCCUCGGCUGCACCCGAAGGCGCGGGGGCCCCGGGCAGUCGUGGCCCCUCUCGCACCCCCAGCCGUCAGAGCGUCAAGAUAGAGCAGGGCUCGGACCUGGAGAUCAAGCCCCUGCAGAAGUUUGACUCGGAGGUGAAAGCUCCGGAUGUCCCGCCUGCGCCCGCUGCCCCUGUAAGGAAUAGCCUCAUCUCGCCAGAUGAAGACGAAGUCGAAGAAGAAGAAGAAGAAGAAGCCCCGCGCCCCAUCUCCAAAGUGUCUUCCAAAGCGGUCACCCCCGAGCCUAAAAUCAACGAGGUCAAAACUGAAAGGGCUCCAUCAGUCCGCCAACAAGCGCCGUCCGUCUCCGAGAACAAAGUGGAGUCCAGGGAGGUGAGCAGGCCGUCCAGCAAAGCGGAGGCAAAGCCGUUGCCAAAGCGGCAACCCAGCCCAGCUCCGUCCCCCAAACCAAGUCUUGAACCUAAAGCGGUACCAAAGCAAGUGGAAGACAAAGCCAUUGUUGCCAAACCAGCCCCGAAAGUGGAGCCCAAAGCAGAAGCCAGACUGAAGGCCAUGGUGUCGAGCCCGAGUCCCGAGGUGACUGCCGAGUCUUUGGAGCUGGAGGGCCCAAACACCAUCAUGAUCUGCAUGGUCAUCCUGCUCAACAUCGGGCUGGCCAUUCUCUUCGUACACAUUUUGUCAUGAGACAUUGUCCACCACCUCAGGUCACCGGCGGUGUUGGAGAGAGACAGCCUGCCUCCUCCUCCUCCUCCUCCUCCUCCUCCUCAGUUAGGACCAGAGAUCAAAGAUGACCGCCGAGGAGCCAAAGACGCCUCAUGCAGACCGCCAACAACUCCUCUACAGGUUUUGGCCGGUGGGACUGUGUGAGGCUCUGUGAAGCUCCUCUCUUUCCAGAGGUUUGACAAACUGAAGGACACGAAACCUGAUUCGGUACAUCUGAAUACGACGCCGUUUUGUAUGUUAAAAGCCUUUUUAACCCAAUCCUUAAUUGGCGCACCAGCCGAUUAGACAAUCUCAGUAGGCAGUUACACUUUGUCACCAAAAUGUGUUUGCAUGACGAAGGAAUGCUGAUAACAUAUGCAGACGGAAUAUUCUCUCCACUAUGCCUUCAACUUGAUUGACGAGACACAAAUUCAACCGCAGCGGAGUUAAGCGGUAAGAGAUUUAGGCAUUAGAACUGUUCCGGUCAUUAUUUUAAUAAUCUGCGAUGUCCAGCGUGUGGUUAAAAAAACCUGAAGGUUCAUUAAAGUAGGAGUCUGAAACCAAGUAAAUACUGUUGAAAUGCUGUAAGCCAACGCUACGUAAAUAGCCAGUUUAUCGUUUUCAUCUUGUCGCUCUUCAGUCUCCAAAGAAUCUAGAGUUACAUUUUUGGCUAAUAGCAUUUGAGACUGUGGUGUACUACACUGUGAAACUUUCUAUUUUCACUGGGAUUUAAUUACGCAUUUUAUUGUCAUUCUGCUGCUUUGGUUUGUGGAGCUGCAAAACCAAAUAGAGAAGGAAAAUAGGAAGCUUACGAGUGUCACUGAGCUGUAUGUUCCUGUGGCGGUUCUCAUAACGGAUGCGGUUUAGCACCCUGGUGGUUUUAAAACGAGAGGUGUGUAUGUUUUGCGAUAGAAUGAACAGGCGGGGCAAAAAAAAACGAAAGCUUAUUUAAAACAAUCACGGUAUGUUGUAGUAAAGGUUUCUCAAUCUACGUAUUUGUAUUAAUGCAACCGUAGCAGCAGGAGGCGGGCUGGGUGGUUUUGUGAGCUAUCCAUGUAUGUUUCAGUGUAGAAAACUGUCCACUCUUGUUGCACACCGCGUUAUAUUCAGGGCCUGUUGUGCUUUAGAGCCACAUACAACUUCAAAUUUUUUUUUGUACGCAUGAGGGCACUUUGUGUGUUAUGUGUCUAUAUUUUUGUACCGUUCUGAAGUGCACAUCUUUUCAGCAUUCACCGUAUUCUGUUGUAGGAUUUUUGUCAGAGGCAAAUAUGCAACCCUAAAAAAAUUUUUUUACCAAAAAGGAGUCAGAUUACCUCGUCAUUUUGUGAGAUAGGGAAACCGAUAAAUGGUUCUUAACUCCAGGUCUUAUUGAGAACAGCAUUCUCCAGAUGUGCAGUUUUAAUAUUUCUCCCUUGUUCGGUUUAGCCAUUUAAUAGGUGGCUUUUAAAAAAGGACAAAGGUUUUUAGCUGAAAAGGUUCUGCCUUUGCAAAUGAACACAGUACUGGUUGUGCAUUGUUUUUGUGCAAAAAAAAAAAAAAAAAAAAAAAUUCUACAAAAAGUUAGUUUUAAUAAAUCUUAUUUGGUAAUACAGUUGAAACCAAUAAGUUUAUCCAAAUGCAUUAACAGAAGACAUUUGUCAGAUGAACUCAAUCUGAGUGCAAUAAAACUUCAUAGUGUAAUGUAGAAGCCAUUUUGUUUGGACUGUUUGAGCAUUUAAUGAAAUUAAAUAACUGCUGAAUUUCAAAAAAGGGAAGAAAUGCAUUUGUUUGUAGCCAAACCUAUUCAAAACCGCAAAGCUGAAAAUAAAACUUUUACAACUAUUGUGA